GUGGGGGCUGGUCCACAGCUGUUGUAGUAGGCAGGGUCUAGUGGGGUAGGAAGCCUGCCUCACUCGCCCUGGAACAAUGGGAGACAUGGCAGCCUCUGCAGACAGCACAGACACACACACAACGCACAUGCCCAAGGACAGGCCUUUUCUAGCCAUAGCAUAGAGGAAACCGGCUUCCUUGCCGUGCUCAGAGGGUGACGGCACUUUUUACAGGGGGGAAACAUAAUCUCCUCUGCAGCCGGAAAACAGAAAUGUAAGGUUGUGGCCUCUCAGUCCCUCUGUCUCUAUCAUUUUUUUUUUUUUUUUUUUUUUUUUUUUUUUUUUAUGGUGCCUUACAUGUCUUUCUGCUGUGAAGAGAUCUGGGAUAUACUGACUGGAUGACAGAAAAGAAAGUAGGAGCAAGCUCCUUGGUUUUGUUGUUGGGAGACAGAGGUGCCUGACAGGAGACUGACUCCUCUUCAAGGAUCAUAAAGAGAGCUGAACCCACAGAUGAGAACAAUGUCUGAUGAGACAGAACAGAGAAUGUGUGAGGAGGACUUUGGUUCGGAUGAGGAGGGUGAGGAGGCAGAUGUGGAGUCUUACCUGGAGGACAACAGCAGCGAGCUCAUGGACCGACUCAGAGAACUGGAGGCAGAGAAUUCAGCUCUGAUGUUGGCAAAUGAAAGUCAGCGAGAGGCUUAUGAAAGAUGUUUGGAUGAGGUGGCUAACCAUGUGGUCCAAGCUCUGCUCAAUCAAAAGGAUCUGAGAGAGGAGUGCAUAAAGCUGAAGAUGCUGGUGUUUGAUCUGGAGAGACAGAACCGAGCGCUUUGUGAGCUUUUUCAGCAGAAACUGCCCAAUCACCCUACUGCUCACUACCAGGUCCAGGCAGGACCCCUCCCAGACUACAAUGCACAGCUGCACAAUGACUCUGCCAAACAGGUGGAGCCUGCACAGACUGAAGCACAAGCCAAGGGAAAUGGCUACCGCACACAACAUGCCUCUCCAGGCCCCCGUGGUCCGGCCACCUCCAUGGAGGCCCUGUCCCCCUUCUUCAAGAAGAAAGCACACAUCCUGGAGGUUCUUCGUAAGAUGGAGGAGACAGACCCUCUGAAGUUCCACCCCUCCACUACUAGCUUGUCUUUCUGCGACUACAGCCAGGUGCUCAUGUCAACAGAAGCUGUUUUGGCCACGGCAGACCCACUUCCACUCCAGUGCAAAUCCCACCACACACACUGCCACUGCUCCUGCACCGACGCCGACACACACCAGCACGUCAACGGGGAUGGAGCGGUGAAGUGUGAGGGAGGGAACACCUGCUGUUUACACUGCAAGAGAAGCCCAGACAGUCCUCCGAAGCCAUGUAACCAUGUCUGUAGUCCUUCAAAAGCCAACUCAGCCACCCAGAGCCAUGUAGUUCCUGCAGCUGCUAUGAGUGAAUGUCACAGUAAGAGCAGAACAGGCGAGUCUGUUCCCUCUAAACAGUGUCUCAAGAAUGACAACCACCAGCAAACAGCAGGAGCUGCCGCCCAGUCCUCAGUAGCGGGAACUGGCGAUGACAGCCUGGAGGUGGAGCAGGAGCAGGAGGGUCUAAAAGCUAGUGGCUCUGACGAGAUCACUGGUUUUUGUCCCAGUAUGCAAAUCUCCCACUGUGAAACAGAAACGAGUGAUGGCAUCAACACCACUGACCCCUCAGCCGUCCCAGAGACAGACAGCACAGAUCAGGAGACGUCCUCUGUAAGAGCGAGUGCCUCCGUCAGCCCCAGCCCCUCCUGUCUCAGUGAUGUCAAAGCCGCAGCUAUCAAUUCCCCGUCCAAACUGCUUAAGUUCUUGAAGAUCCCCUCCAUCGGGGAGAAGUCUCAGGCUCCGACCUCCUCUGUCCGUCUGAGCCCUCAGCUCACCCGCAACUCCAGAAUCCCCUGCCGCACCAACAACUACGAGGUGUACCACUCCCCCGUCCCCACGCGUAGAGCCACCACCACAGAGAGGUGCAGGCAGCCCCCUCCCCCUCCAUCCAGGUCUGAGUCCUACCCUGCCACACACUCAGCCCCGACCUCCCCACCGCAACCUGAAGACACCUGCUCCCCCGCAGCUAAGGAGAUAAGCUACAGCAGCCUUUCUGUACCUAAGGCGAGUGCUGGGUCCAAGGUGGGAGCCUCGUCCUCUGCAUCCUCCUCCUCACCUAAAGUAUCACAGAGGGUUCCUCAUUAUGAAAAUGUCUGUGAAAUGUCUGCUAGCUCUAGAGAAGAGGAACCAGCUGUGAGUCUUGAGAAAAGAACCACACUGCCCUCUCAAACAAAAGUGAAUGGCGGCGAGAGGAAGCUAGUUAAAUCACUACCAGAAAGUGUCCUGAACCCCACUCCUCAGAGGAAGCAGUCGUCCUCCUCCACAUCAGAGUCCACGUCAGAUGAUGAAGAAGAUUCAGACAGCCCGGUGUGGGUUAACCAUCACAGCCUGCCCAGCUCGUCCGCCCUCAGCAAAGCUCAGAGUAGAACGAACUACUCACGAAGCAGAGAGAAGCAGGAUGUGGAUACAAAGGAGAACACAGCAGAGGUCGCCCAUCCUCCACCUCCACCUCCAACAAGGAGGACUGAGUCCUCAUCCAUCCCCAAAAGGCCUGGUGUGGCAUCAGCCAGAUCCCAGGCUGAUUCCAGUCACCAUGCUUUCAAAGACAGACUAGCUGCUUUAGGAAAACUGAGGAGCUCCGAGGAUUUGCAAGUGAGUCUAAGGCCAGCGGAGGCAGCGAAUACUGACGGGACGUACGGUGAAGACAGGAGUAAGACAGCAGAGAGGUCAGUGGAGCUCCUCAAGGAGGAGCAGAGACAUUCAAAAUACACAGACUCUCUGGACGGUAAACCCAAAGGGAGUGGUCUGAAGUACUCAGGUCCUUCUCAGAUCUAUGAACCAGGAGCAAAAGCUCAGCCUUCAGUGGGUAAACAAGAACUGUGUGUGACUAAGACUGAAGGCUCCAAGAGCAAAAUCGGUCUGCCUUCCCCCAACACAGACGCCCCACAGGUACUACGCAACAACAUCAAGUGUCCGGGUUCCCUGAAUCUAGCUUACAACAUUAAAUCUGGUGUUGGUCCUCACAGUAGCAACAGUCCAAACAAAAUCCCCCCGAAGUCACCGUCCAAACCCUGCCAGGGCCCGUCAGUCCACAGAGGAAGCAAACCCACAGAGGCCCCGCGGUACUCGUCCAAAUCUGAGGAGAGGACCAAGAUCAGUGGGAAAGGGAAGAAGAACCCGAUGUAUGGAGACAGUCUCCCUCCUCCUCCUCCGAGACCCCCGAUGUCCGACAGCCAGGGGGAGAAGGCGCUGCAGCCGGUCCCCAGCCCACAGUCCGCCAUCGAGCAAAAGGUAAUGAAGGGCAUCGAGGAGAACAUGCUGAAGCUCCAGGAGCAGGACAGAGGAGGACAGGGCGGCGAGGUCAAACAGAAAGCCUCCAACGGCAUCGCGAGCUGGUUCGGCCUGAAAAAGAGCAAACUCCCCGCGUUGAGCCGCAAGACUGACGCAACCAAAGCCAAGGACGAGAAGAGAGAGUGGAAGAUCAACAUCCCCUCUGUCGGCAGGGACUCCGUCAAAAUGGCCACCAGGUGUAAAGAAGGUGUGGAGGGGCUGAACAUUUCGACUCUGAUGGAGAAGGCGGAGGGGCUGAGGAGAGCGCUGGAGGAGGAGAGGGCGUAUGUGGAGAGGUCGGGCAGGGGUCACUCCUGUGAGGUGGUGAUGGACCAAGCUCAGGGACAGCUGGCUGUCAUGUACAGGGGAGGACGCUCGGACAACUUCAUGCAACAGCUGCUAAACAGAGUGGAUGGUAAGGACAUGAUCAGCCUGCCCCAACGCCGGCUCUCGUUUGACUGUAAAACCUCUAAGCCAGUGUUUCAGCAGAGCGACGUCAUUAGUCACACCACCAGUCGAGAUGAUAUGGAGAAGGGAUCAGAUAGAAUCGGAAACAUCACUUCAGAUGAAAACCUCGCGGAUUCAGUUCACUCUCAACACUUUGCAGGUUCUGGUGCUUCCACUUACACUCUGGACAGUGGUAUCGGUACUUUCCCCCUGCCAGACUGCAGCAGUGGUGCAGCAGGUCGGAGUCUGUCCAAGACCAGGGCCGGGGCCGAGCACCACUCGAGUUCCCCGGGAAGGGCCGGUCGACGAGCCCGAACCCUGGACCGAGAGCUGCCUUCACAGGACGAGUGUUACACACCGCACAAACAGCUGAUUCCUACCAUUCAGUACGGCUCCAUGUUGGAAGGAAGGAGUUCAGGAGGCGUCAUCCGCGAAGAUAAAGACGGACAUGGUGCAAACAUGUUUUCCCCUCGCACCAAAACCUGGACCUUCCCCAACCUGAAAACCCCAUCAGGGCCAGCGGAGGUGUACCUGGCAGUGGAGGAGGAAGAGGAGGAGCCGGUACCAUUUGGAUCACCGUUCAGAGGGAGCAUGAAGGCCGGUGGUCCUUCUUCCAGCCGGGUGGUGGACCCAGGCAGCCUGCCCGUCCCUGCCCAGGCGGGGAUGAGCCGCAGGGGGAAGACUCGAGUUCCCAGCGUCCCCGAGAUGAGCCGCGAGGCUGGGUUGGAGCUGCUGAGGGAGCGGCCAGAGGAGGCGCUGUCCCCGAGUCGCCCUCAAGUCCUUGAGACCCCCGAGUCGCUCAGUGACUCUCUGUAUGACAGUCUGUCGUCCUGCGGCAGCCAAGGAUGAUCAGAGCGGAGAGGAAAACCCUGAUCUGGUCCACUAGACUUUGACGACACAAUAAAACCCAGCCAAACACAUCUCCUGUUGGCUGGUUGUACUGUGAUGCUGCUGACCUUUGACCUUUUGAGGAAAACAAACUGUGCUCUGUUGAUGUCCGUGAGAAUCUGACCCGGUAACGACGCCGUCUCAUCGUCUGUUUCUCUGUUGCAACUGGAAAGAUGGAUUGAUGGACUUCUCCUCAGGAUUCCCAAUAAACAUGAAGCCAAAAGCCACCCAAAAAUGUAGGUUAUUCACUUUCACUUUUUCACAGACUGACUGUGGACACGUCUCUUUAAUUCAUGUAUACAGGACUACAAAACGCAUGGCACAAACGUCACUCCCGGUGGUUGUUCAACUGAAAUUUGCCUUCUGCCUGUGUUUUCUUUUUCUCAUCCCGGUUGACGAAUCUUUAUGUGCAUCAGAUCAAGGAAGCAGUGAAAUGCUGUCCAGUUCAGUACCUGACUGUACUCUAUCAGUACAUCCGUUCUGUUAUUUCACCACAUAAUGUAUUGAAAAAAAAAAAACAUGGAGCUUCUAAAAGAUGAAUGUUCAUGUCUGUGACUCUUAAUUGCUAAAUCCAUGCAUCACGAUUUUAAAUGUAUAAACGAUUUUAUUGAUCAUGUUGAUAUUGGUUUGCGACCAAGGAAGGUUGUCAGAAUAUGUCUGUUUUAAAUCAUAAUACAUUUAAAGGUAAUAUAUACCAGCAAUAAUAACAUAGAUAAGAGAAAUGGCUACACUAUUCAAUGAAUAUGUAUUUCUAUUAUUUAUUUAUUUUCUUUUUUGUAAUCUUUCUGUGAAAAUUGCAGUCUCCUCGCUUAGUAGAUUAUGUUCAUAUCUUGUAUUUCAACAUCUCUGUUGCUGUUUGUUCCCUAGCCAAUAGAGGUCCUAUGUACCUACUGCCGUUUUUCAACUUUCUAAUUAAAAUGUUUUGAUUUA